AUGACAUUGCUGAAAAUGGAAAUCAUUCGAGAUGAAUCGUGUGCCAAUGAGCCGUGCCCGUAUAUGUCAAAAUGCCGGCAAACUCAAAAAUUCGUCGGAGAUAUGACGACUCAUGAAACUGACAAUUUCAUCGCGAGGACUUUGAAUACUAUUAACACUUUUGUUUGCGAAUGUCCCAGUGGAUUUACCAGUGAGUUUUUCGGGGGAGCUGGGAAGAGGUGGGAAUUAUCAUGAAUGUUUUCUCAGGCUCAAAUUCAACUCAACAAUGUGAUACUCGAAUCGAUGAAUGUUACAAAGGACAAUGUUUGAAUAAUGCCACGUGUCAUGCUUAUGAGUCAAGUUAUCGAUGUGAAUGUAGACCUGGAUGGAUUGGUGAGUGAAUUUUUCUAGAUCAGAAAUUAAAGAAGAUCCAGCUGAAAAUUUAGAUAUUCUUGAAUUUCAGCACAAAAUUUAUUUCGCUUUUCCAACAAAUAAAAUUAAUUGAAUCAUCAUAAAAUUUCAAUAAUAAUUUUUGUGUGCUGCACAAAAUUCUCUAAUUUAAUUCCAUUUCAUUUUCAUUUUAAUAACGCGAUAAUUGGACAGAUGGGGAGUGGCUCUUUGAAAAAUAUUAUAUGGAAUAAAAUUUUAAUGGGGAAAAUGGGGGAGGGACUUUUUUUAGUAGGAAAUGGGGAAUUUGGAUGAUUUUCAGGAUUAAAAAUUUUUUUAGCACGAAGUUUCAGCUAUAAACAUUUUUUUUCAAGAUUAAAAUUUUUGAUCCACAAAAUUUGGAAUUUUUUUUUUGAAAUUUUUCUUCAACUUCAAAAUUCGAAUCUGAUUUUUGAUCUGAAAAUUUCCGCUCAUUAAUUUUCAGCACAAAAUUUUCAAAAAGAAAAAUCUCCCUUUAAACUUCCACAACCCCGGAAUUCCUCUCCGGAACCAAUAAACUCCAAAUUAAUGUGAAAUAUUCAAGGCCGUCACUGCGAAAUUUCAACAAAUGCACUAACUUGCGUGCCGGGUUACUGUAGUUCGGAUGCGAUUUGUGAACUUCAAAAUUCGGGACCAUCUCAAUCCCGAACUCAAAUGCAAUGUAAACAUUGUAAAUAUGAGCAAUCGGAUAGCGAUGAAAGAUGUCGAUUGAGAAGUUUGAGUUUUGAUGGAAAUUCGAUGAUUAAUUUGAAUGUGGAUUUGACGAGGAUUCAAUGGAUUUUGGAGUUUAGAUUGGCGACGAUUUCACAUAAUGGGAUAUUGAUUUUUACGGGCGAUCGGAGAAGUGAUUUUGUUGAGAUUUCGAUUGUUGAUAGAGUUUUGAAGGUGAGUAUUCAAAGAAGAUUUUGAUUCAAAGAAAAAAAUCCUCCAGAAAAAUAUACGCUUCAAAAUUUGUUUUAAAAAAAUGUAUAUCAUUCAUUUCUGGUCUUUUCAAAUUGAGAUCUUUCUGAAUUUUUAGAAAUGUUUAUAAUUCUUCGAAAUUCAAUUCAAUUUGAGCCCUCAUAUAGGAUUUUUCAAAUUGAAAAUUCUUGCCAAAAUUUCCGAGUUACAGUUUUUCAACGAUUUUUUUUCCAGGCCCAAUUCUCCCUUGGCGGUGAAAAAUCCGACAUAAAAAUGUCGGAAAUCGACAUCUCAAAUCGAGUCAACGACGGCGAAUGGCAUCGUGUCAGACUAGAAUAUUCAAAUAGGGUAAUUAACCUAAUCCUAAUUAAUAAUUAAUUAACCUAAUCAAUUUUUCCUUCCAGCAAUUAACAAUGUCUCUCGAUGAUUGUGAAACCUAUUCCGGUUGCGAAGUUCGUGCCAAACUCACCCUGGAACCAAAAUGCCGUGAUCCAACUGUUCCGUGUUAUCGAUAUUUGGAUGUUUCUAAUGGGAUCUUCCUUGGAGGCCGACCUGGACAUGCCAAGCAGAUUGAAAAGGCCUACGAAGGAUGUAUCUCGGAUCUUUAUGUGGAUCAGGAAUUCAUUGAUUUCACCGGAUUCAGAGAGAUGCAUAAAGUUGGAAAUGUCAAGGAAGGCUGUAAGCCAAAGCGAGACUUUUGCGCCGGGGAGAAACCUUGCGCUCAAAAAUGCACCAACAGAUGGAAUGGGAAGGAAUGCACCACUGGUGUGAGUGGUGGAGUGGUAUCACUUUUCGAGGAAGAAUCAUUUGUCUUGUAUGAGCCACGAGGAUCGUCUUUGCCUUUUGAAGUAUCAUUCGAUUUCCGAACUUCUAGAAGUGAUAUGCAGAUUGUGGCAGCAGAAUUUAGCCAAAGUUCGCUUCUUCAUUACAAUCUGCAACUGGAUGAUGGCAAUUUGCAAUUCACAAUUGGUGAUAACACCAUCUCGAUCCCUGCACCAUCUUUGAAAAAUUCCGAAUGGACAAGUGUCAUAAUCAAGUUUGAUAUCACCUCAAUAUCCACGUUGGUCAACGGAGUUCACAGCGCUGAAACCACCCUGAAAGAUGAUUCGUUGACCCUGGAGAAAAUCUAUUUUGGAAUAGCUCCCGGAACUGGUCAUCCUUCGAGGUUCGAGGGAUGUGUGAGGAAUCUAAUGAUUGAUCGCAAACCAAUUCAACCGGCCAAGAAAGGAAAAACCCGACAGAAUUGUAUUGUGCCAAAUCGCUGUUCAAUUGAGCCAUCGAUUUGCCCCGCGGAUAGUGUUUGUCAACGGAAAUGGAAUCGACAUGAAUGUAAAUGUCAUAAGGGAUUUAUUGGGGACACUUGUCAGCCGAUUUGUGCUAACCCAAAGAUCUGCUCGAAUCAGGGAGAAUGCAUAACAUCUAUGAAUUCCACGAGUGGCUAUGAAUGCAUCUGCCAACCUGGAAGAGCAGGAAAGAACUGUCAAUUCGAUGCUCCUCUCCAAAUCUGCCCAACAGGAUUCUGGGGAAAGUUCCCACGGUGUCGAAAAUGCUCGUGCUCGCCCAGGAAGGGUUACGAGAGCCAAUGUGACAAAAAUACCGGAGCUUGCCAAUGCCAAAAGACCUAUUUCUCAACUAUCAAUGGAUGUGUGAAGUGUGAAUGUGGAGUGGGUGCGGAAUCUGCAGAAUGCGAUGCGCAGGGAUAUUGCAAAUGUGCUGGAGAGGCGGUGGGAAGGAGGUGUGAUCGAUGUGCGAGGUUUGAUUAUGUAAGUUGUUUUUUUAAGUGUCGACAAUGAGUCUGAAUUUCACCGCAUAAUCUGAUUGUUUGCAGCUCCUUGACGCUAAGACCCUCAAAUGCAAACACGCCCCAUCGAAAUGCCCAUCAGAAAUCGAAUACAGUAUUCAAUGGCCAACCAGCUCGAAAAACGCAAUAGUUCGACAAUCUUGUCCAGCUGGAGAAUCCGGUUUGGCCACUAGAAAAUGUCUAGAAAAUGGAAGAUGGGGAGAUGUGAACUCGUGGAAUUGCACAAGACCGGAAUAUUCGAUUAUGGUUAACAAGUUUGAUAUUUUGGAACCUUCAAAGAUCCUCGCAAUGAUCUCGAAUGCCACGAUGAACGAGGCAACGAUCAGGGGAAGAAAUCAACAAAUUGCCGCGGAGGCUUUGAUUCGUAUCGUUGAACAUGAGGAGAAGAUGAAGAUCAAGAGCAGGCAACAUGUUCGAGACAUGAAAUUCAGCAGAGAACUUGUUGAUGCGAUGGGCAAAGUGAUGAAUGAACAUCCUGUGGAGGAUUAUAACUACAUGAUUGCCAAACUUUGGAGUUAUGCAAACUUGGUCUCAGAAGCGCAUAGUUCUUUGAACUUCCUCCCACCAUUCUUCAUUGCUACGGAUAAUAUUUUAUUUGCAAGUGAUAAACUAGACUUCGGCAAUAUUCUCCCAAAAUUCAAUAACUUCAUCGACACAAGACCCAGUGGCUUCCCCAAUGUCAAAGCUGUUGUUACCGGAACUACCCAAGUCGUCUACUCGAUUAUCCCAUACCCAAGAUGUUUGAGAUGUGAAAAUCCGAUGGUUCUAGUGAUCGCCCAAAAUUCCACAGAUCCAAUUAUUAUCGAAUUUCCAAUUGACGAGGAAGAUGGUUGGAAAUAUCCAGAAUGCGUUAAAUUUAAUGAGAAGAAGGGAAUCUGGAGUUCGGAUAAAUCAAUGUUGAUUGGAUUGAAUUUGACGCAUGCCGCUUGUGAAUUCUAUGAGAAUGGGAUUUUUACGAUGUUUGUUAAUGAUGAAUCUACUACGAUUGUUCGGGUUGCGAAUAUUGAAACUAUUCAUUCACCAAUUAUCGCGGCAAUUGCUCUAGUUUUAUGUGUGGUUUCAAUUUUGCUAACUGUUAUGAGAAGAACAUUGAAAAAUCAUUCGAUACGAAUUGGAUUUAUAUUGUUCUUCGCGAUCAAUAUUUUAAAUUUGUUCUUUGUGCACAAAACGGCGGUUAACCAGGUAAGAAUUUUAAGGGCCUUUUAAGGACACUCUCUAAAUUUUAAGGCCCCCCUCAUCCCUUUCUAUUCCAGGCCUUCUGCCCUGUUCGCAACGCUAUGCUCUCCUUCACCACCUCUGCCCCCUUCAGUUGGCUCUUCUUGCACAGUCUCUUCAUCUACCGAAUGCUCUCCGAUGUUUCCAACACACCAAGUCUCACCACAACCCUAUUGAUUGGUAUCAUCUUCCCAUCCCUGAUCUCAUUCACCACAUUCCUCUUCACCGAACAAUGCUCACUCUCACCAAGUUUAUGGCUCUUCUGGUUCAUCAUUCUUCCCAUCGGCAUGUUCUUGCUUCUCUCAUUUUAUGCAGCGGCCACCGCCAUUUUGGUGUCAAUGCAUAAGAAGUACGAUGUCUUCGUGGCGAAAUACAACGUGAAACGUGCUGUCUGUCAACACUUCUUCCUCACAGCUCUCACACUUUUCAUGACAAUCGCCGGACUCUUUGCAAAUCUCUCAAGCUCCCUGAAUUCUGAGAUUCUGGAGAUCACUCAAAGCUGCUUCUAUCUACUUGGCGCUAUGGUAGUAUUCAUUUGGAGUAUGUGUGACAUUGGUGGAAAUGAGAAUGGCGGAGAUGGCGCGGAGAUGUGGCUUGACCCACCCGCAGGAAAAAGCAUCAUCAUGACAGAAAGUGUGCUGAUUGGCGCGGAAGUGCAUUCACCAUUGCUUCCUCGUCCCGAUUGGCAUGAGAGCCCAGUUCCAUCAAUCCACCGAGCUCCAGCAUUACAAUCGAAUCACAUUCUAUCACCAGCUGACAAGAUUCUCAACGAGGGAAUUGGACAUGUCUAUGGGAAUCAGAUGGGAAGUUUGCCACGUUUUGCGAGUGCACAAGAUGAGGCGGAUGAUGCGUAUUAUACCUACACAUCGACCAAACGAUAUCAGAAUUCACACCAGCCACGGACUUUUAAUAGGGAUUAG